GCUUCGCUGUUUCCGUACACAAACGCUCUGCUGAUGACGUGUACACCCUAGCACCGUUAGCUAGCUAGCUACCUGUCAGAAGUAAAGGUAACGUUCUAAUAGAAAGAGAUAAACACAGCGUUUCAACUCAGUACUGAAGAUGGAGACGCUCUAUCAUCAGACAAACAAGCACAUCCAACAGGUGCAGUCUCUUAUGGGAGAUCUGGAGAGGACGGAUCGUGAGUCAGUACACUUGUUAGAGAACGAGCUGCAGGCCAGAAUUGACCAGAUCUUCAAUCACUUAGAACGACUUGAGAUCCUAGCCAGCAAGGAACCACUAAACCGCCGGCAGAAUGCCAAAUUACGAGUGGACCAGCUUAAAUACGACGUUCAACACCUUCGCACGGCCCUGCAAAACUUCCAGCACCGACGCUAUGCCAGAGAGAUCCAGGAUAGAGAGAGGGAGGAACUCAUGAGCAGAACCUUCACCACCAAUGAUGCAGAUACUUCCAUUCCAAUGGAUGAGACCCUACAGUUAAACUCCAACCUGCACAAUGCACACAGAGGCAUGGACGACCUCGUGGGCAGCGCUAGUGGCAUCCUGAACGGCCUCAGAGAUCAAAGAUCUACGCUGAAGGGCACUCAUAAGAAGAUGCUGGACGUGGCCAACAUGUUAGGGCUGUCCAACACAGUGAUGAGGCUGAUAGAGAGGCGAGCCACCCAAGAUAAGUUCAUCAUGAUUGGAGGCAUGCUGGUGACCUGCGUCUUCAUCUUCCUGGUGGUCAGAUAUCUGGGCUAACCUCCAACCAUCAAAUCAAUGACACUUUUUGAUCAGCUGCGGACAUUUCUUCAGCACAUCAUCCCUCAUGAUAUGAAAAGUGGCAGAACAUCCGAUUGAGGUUAUCGUUGGAUUCAUUGUGCCAUUGUUUUCAGCUAUUUAAAAAAAAAAAAAAAAAAUGUUCAAUUGAAAAAAGGGCAUGGUUGAAGAACUUCCUUAUAGUAUUUUAUUCCACGUGAGGCCCCGCGAGAGCAUUGAACUUUAAAUUAAGUCUGCUGCUGCUUCCCUGUUCUUUUUAUUUUUUAAACCAGAACCACUCUUCAACUGCUAAUCACUGUUGCGACUCCUGUAACCUAAACUGAUCUCUCUACUGAACUUGCUUUCGCCUCCCGAGAAAAGCUACAUUUCCUCUUCCUGAAUCAGUCAGCAAUGUUGUCCGUCAUUCUCCCGUCAGCAGUUUAAAGAGAAUUACAAAGAAAUAAAUGCAGUAUGGCUCCAUGAUACUUUUUGCAUUUCAACAUAAAGGUUCACCCUUAAUAAUCUAUUUUAUCAUGUAUGUGUAGUUAAAGGCUGACAACAAUAAUCUGUCAGAAAUCAACAGAAGCAGCACUUAUUUUGAAACUGUUACACACUUCUUGGAUGUAUGCUUCUGUCUAGUCUCACUGUGUGAGUGAUUUGUUCUCUUAAUAAAAUGACACGUUUUCAUUU